CAAUUACGCGCCCGCUCCAUGCGAGCGCAACUUCUUUUUUUUUUUUGAUUACCUUCUUUCCCAUGUCCUGUUGAUGAUUUGUCUUUCUUAAACUUAGAAAUUUUCCAUCAAAGCACGUGUCUACCGCCUGCUAUUCAAUUUGAGUUCCAUCUCAGCUGUGCGCGCAUCUGAUACCCAGCCGAUUCUCCGCGAUGGCCGGUCCAUUAGAGGAGGCGGCAGACGUGUUUGCUGCUGCAGCUGCUGCUGGUAAUGAUGAUGCCGCCGCCGCGGGUGUGAAGCGACCGCUGGACAUUGACAGCCUGCAGCGCAAGAAGUUCAAGACCGAUGAAUUGCCCUUGACCGCUGCACAACACGCCGCCAUCGAGCAUCUUUUACAUGCAUUUAAGAAGAGAGGUGGUUUUGACAAUGUGCGCAAGAAGAUAUGGGCGGAGUUUGAGGAAGGGGAAGGCAAAAAGGAAUUUACGAACCUCCUCACCGAACUUGCCGAAGCGGAGAUUGAUCGCGAACCUGGACUGUUGUCGCGGGAGCGCGGAAAGGCCGCGACUCUUAUCGAGGGUGCGGUCGAUCGGAGUGACGUCUACAAAACAGUAGAGAGAUCGCUGGAUGCGCUUGCUUCGAAUCAUUUACAGACGAUUCUGGAUUCCGUACGGGAGAUUCGCCGCGAUGAAAUCGGCGUGGAGGCUGCUGCCGAGGAAGAGAAGGCAGGUAACAAGACCGAGGAGGACUAUGCGAACUACGUACAGGCUAAGCGCGAUGAGCGCGAGAGAGCUUACCAGGAAGCCUUGCGGAAGGAGAAGGAAGCGGAGGAGGAGGAAGCGCGCAAGAAGGCGGAAGAGGACCGCAAGCGACGCGAGCUCGAACGCCAGAAAGAGGAAGAGGAGCGGGCCAGGCGCAGGGAGCGCGAGGAGCAGCGCCGAGAAGAGCAGCGCAAGUUGGACGAGCAGCGAGAGAAGGAGCGCCAGGAACGGUACGAACGCCGCCGUCGGGAAGAGCGCGAGCGAUUCCGCGAUUGGCGGGAUCGCAGUCGAACCAGAGACCGCGACUCAGACCGCGACCGCGACCGAGAUCGUUUUCGCUUCCGUGAUCGCUCCCCGGGCUACCGCUCCGAACGAGGCCAUUCUCCCCGUCUCCGCGAGACUCGGAAAGAGAGAUCGCCGACACCCAAGGAACCUACACCGGCCCCUGUGCCACCUCCAGCUCCUGUUGACGAGAAGUCCCUGGAAGAGGCUGCGUUACAAAUGCUGUUGAAGGAGGGAGAGGAGCUCGCCGCGAAAGCCCGACAGAAGCCCGAGUUCGAUUUCGAGGAAGCCGAAGCGAUUGAGAACGGGCUCAAACCACCGCCAAAGGCCCCCAAAGCACCCGACUCGAGAUACUCGAAUACACCCACCCGCGCGGGAAGUAUCCCGACCGAAGGAGAGGCGGUGAAACGGCGCGGCUCAGUAGAUGACCGCGUACGGCCACGACGACGUGACGAGAGCCGCAGCCGCUCAAGAAGGAGGGGAGUUCCGCCCCGGGUCGAAGAUGACCGCCGAAACCCGUCGCAGGAUGUGUCGAGCAUGUCUCGCGGGCGCGACUCCGAUGACCGAGCGCCUCCUCGAGACUAUCGUGAAAGUCGGUACGGUGACCGUAGCUACCGGCCCAGUCGUCGCAGCCGAAGCCGUUCGACCGUUCGAACCUCUGAUCGCGAUCGCGAUCGCGAUCGAGAUCGAGAUCGAGAUCAGGUUGCAGAGCGGCCACGAUACCGCGAGAAAAGCUCCGAGAGAGAUCGGGAUCGGGACAGGAAUCGUGAUCACGACUAUCGUCGAGACCGCAGCCGGGAAAGAGAACGGGAUCGCAGAGACAGAGAUCGAGACAGGGACCGUGAUGGGGAUCGAGCGAGAGACAGAGACAGGGAUAGAGCUCGCGAUCGCGACGAUUACCGCCGACGACACAGUUACUAUUCUCGAUCCCGCUCGCGGUCUUUGAACAGAAAUCGGGAUCGGGAUCGGGAUCGGGAGCGUGAUCGAGAUCGCGACAGAGACCGUGAUCGCGACAGGGACAGGGACAGGGACAGGGACAACAGAGAGAAGAGAGACACAAGGGAAAUCAGAGACACCAGAGACACCAGAGACGCCCGAGACCGUGAUCGAGAUCGAGAAAGGGAUCGAGAUCGGGAUCGCGAUCGAGACCGCAACCAUGAUCGUGAUCGUGAUCGUGAGCGAGACAGGAAUCGGGAUCGAGAUCGAGAACGUGACCGCGAUGGCAAUGCCACCGCCACCGCCACCCCUACCACCACAGCCAAACCCCCCACAAACCCUAACAGCACUUCUACGACCACCGCCCCUAUAACUACCACCACCACCACCGACCACCACGGCCGCGG